ACCACAGUCGAAGAUCGCCCUUCCAGUCCGACACAGUCGCAGUUCUUCCGAAGCAAUCAAUACUCUCAAACACGCCAACAUGAAGGUUUUCGUCUGCUUGCUGGCGGUGUGCAGUAUGGCCCAUGCGGGUUUCCUGGGCGGCGGCGGCGCAGGAGGUAGUGCCCUCAGCUCCGGCUGGUCAUCCGGCGGAGGAGGAGGAGGAUAUAGCGGCGGAUACAGUGGUGGCCAUGGAGGAGGUGGUGGCUACGGCGGUGGUGGCUACGGCGGUGGUGGCUACGGCGGCGGUGGCCACGGAGGCGGCAGCACGAUUAAGAUCAUCAAGGUGAUCACCGAUUCCGGAGCUGGUGGUGGUGGCUACGGAGGUGGCUACGGGGGUGGCCAUGGAGGUGGCUAUGGAGGUGGCUACGGAGGCGGCUCCUCCGGUGGUUACAGUGGCGGCCACGGAGGCGGUUGGUCAUCCGGCGGUGGAUACGGCGGUGGUGGCUACGGAAGCGGUGGCAACGUCAAGAUCAUCAAGGUCAUCUCCGACGCCGGAUCGAGCGGCGGGUAUGGCGGCGGCUACGGCGGUGGUCACGGUGGUGGAUACUCCUCCGGCGGUGCCUCCAGCUACUCCGCCGGCGGUUGGGCUCCUCAGGGCGGUUGGGCCCAGAGCAGUUGGUAAAUGCUCUCCGUUGGUCAACGGAUACUAACUUGUUACUGUUUCUCACUGACCUUAAUUGUAAAUACUUCCCAACAUUAACCAAUAAAACAGUGCGGUAUAGAAGAGCCAUUUCCACUAUCAAAACAG